CAGGUCUCCGUCCUGAGGGCACCGUGGUCUCCUCCAUCUGCACCGCCUGGACCACAGGGACGAGACGCCAUGACCCCCAGCCUCACGACCCUGCUCUGCCUCGGGCUGAGUGUGGGCCUGAGGACCCAGAUGCAGGCAGGCACCCUCCCCAAACCCACCAUCUGGGCUGAGCCAGGCUCUGUGAUCCCCUGGGGGAGCCCCGUGACCAUCUGGUGUCAGGGGACCCGGGGGGCCCGGGUGUUCCGUUUGGAUAAAGAGGGAAGCUCACCUCCCUGGGACAGACGGCCCUCACUGGCGCCCGGGAACAAGGGCAAGUUCUCCAUCCCACAUAUGACACAGGACUACGCAGGGAGAUAUCACUGUUACUAUCGCAGCCCCACUGACUGGUCAGAGAGCAGUGACCCCCUGGUGCUGGUGGUGACAGAGGCCCACAGGAAACCCACCCUCUCAGCCCUGCCGAGCCCUGUGGUCACCUCGGGAGGGACCGUGACCCUCCAGUGUGGCUCAUGGGAAGGACUGGACAGGUUCAUUCUGACUAAGGAAGGAGAACCCAAGUCCUCCUGGACCCUGGAUGCACAGCGAGGCCCCCAUGGGCACACCCAGGCCCUGUUCCAUGUGGGUCGCGUGACCCCCAGCCACAGGUGGACGUUCAGAUGCCAUGGCUCUUACAGGGACACCCCCCAGGUGUGGUCGGCCCCCAGUGACCCCCUGGAGCUCCUGGUCUCAGGUGUGUCUGGGAAGCCCUCCCUCCUGACCCUGCAGGGCCCUGUCGUGGCCUCUGGACAGAGCCUGACCCUCCAGUGUCGCUGUGACGUCGGCUAUGACAGAUUCGCUCUGUCCCAGGAGGGGAGACAGGCCCUCCCCCAGCGCCCUGGCCGGCAGCCCCAGGCUGGGCUCUCUCAGGCCGACUUCCCCCUGGGCCCGGUGACCAACACCCACGCGGGCCGGUACAGAUGCUACGGUGGACACAACCUCUCCUCCGAGUGGUCGGCCCCCAGUGACCCCCUGGACAUCCUGGUGGCAGGGUGGUUCCCUGACACGCCCUCCCUCUCGGUGCAGCCGGGCCCCCUGGUGGCCUCAGGAGAGAACGUGACCCUGCUAUGUCAGUCAAGGAGCACAAAGGAAACUUUCCUUCUGUCCAAGGAGGGGGCAGCCCGGCCCCCACUGCGUCUUAGAUCAAAGUACCGAGGUGGGCAUUUCCAGGCCGAAUUCUCCAUGAGUCCCGUGACCUCAGCCCACAAUGGGACCUACAGGUGCUACAGCUCACUCAGCAGUAACCGCUACCUGCUGUCACACGCCAGUGCCCCCCUGGAGCUCGCGGUCUCAGGUCUCAAAUGGUACGUGAACGUCCUGAUUGGGGUCUCAGUGGCCUUCAUCCUGCUGCCCCUCAUCCUCCUCGUCCAACACUGGGGUCAGAGCAGACGCAGGAAGUCGGGGGCUGCAGACCCAGAGCCCAAGGACACAGGCCUGCAGAGCAGCUCCUGCCCAGCCGCCGCCGCCCAGGACCAGGCCCUCUAUGCUGCCGUGAAGGACACACAGCCUGAGGACGGGGUGCAGCUGGACCAUCCGAACAGGCAGGAUGCAGACCCCCAGGAGGGGACGUACGCCCAGGUGAACCACUCAAGAUCAAGAUUAAGGCGGGGGGUGGCCACCUCUCCUUCCUCCCUGUCGGGGAGAUUGCUGGACACGAAGGACAGACAAGCGGAAGAGGACGAGCAGAGGGACGGUCAGGUGGGUCCCAUCCUGUCCGGGCCCCCAGGCUUCCCCCACCCCAACCACACACCCUCCCUCCCUCUCCCCGACAGCAGGCCGCCGCAUCUGAAGGCCCCCAGGAUGCUCAACACGGCCACGGAGGAGCCCAAGAUGCAGCCAGGAGGUAAACAGAGGGAACAAACCCACCAUUCGCCAGGCUGCUCUGUCAGGAGACCCCAGGACUCAGGAGGCUCACGGGUAGGAGAGGCGCUGCUCAGGAUUCAGGGCGAACCUCUCACAGGGGUCUCUCUUCCAGGUCUGAGUGUGGGCCUGAGGACCCAGGUGCAGGCAGGCACCCUCCCCAAACCCACCAUCUGGGCUGAGCCAGGCUCUGUGAUCCCCUGGGGGAGCCCCGUGACCAUCUGGUGUCAGGGGACCCGGGGGGCCCGGGUGUUCCGUUUGGAUAAAGAGGGAAGCUCACCUCCCUGGGAAAGACAGCCCUCACUGGAGCCCGGGGACAAGGGCAAGCUCUCCAUCUCACGUAUGACACAGUACUACGCAGGGAGAUAUCACUGUUCCUAUCGCAGCCCCACUGACUGGUCAGAGAGCAGUGACCCCCUGGAGAUGGUGGUGACAGGGGUCCACAGGAAACCCACCCUCUCAGCCCUGCCUAGCCCUGUGGUGACCUCGGGAGGGAACGUGACCCUCCAGUGUGGCUCAUGGCUGCGAAUGGACGGGUUCAUUCUGACUAAGGAAGGAGAACCCAAGUCCUCCUGGACCCUGGAUGCACAGCGAGGCCCCCGUGGGCAGACCCAGGCCCUGCUCCCCGUGGGUCGCGUGACCCCCAGCCACAGGCGGAUGUUCAGAUGCCACGGCUUUUACAGGGACACCCCCCAGGUGUGGUCGGCCCCCAGUGACCCCCUGGAGCUCCUGGUCCCAGGUGUGUCUGGGAAGCCCUCCCUCCUGACCCCGCAGGGCCCUGUCGUGGCCUCUGGACAGAGCCUGACCCUCCAGUGUCGCUCUGACGUCGGCUAUGACAGAUUCGCUCUGUCCCAGGAGGGGAGACAGGCCCUCCCCCAGAGCCCUGGCCGGCAGCCCCAGGCUGGGCUCUCUCAGGCCGACUUCCCCCUGGGCCCGGUGACCAACACCCACGCGGGCCGGUACAGAUGCUACGGUGGACACAACCUCUCCUCCGAGUGGUCGGCCCCCAGUGACCCCCUGGACAUCCUGGUGGCAGGGUGGUUCCCUGACACGCCCUCCCUCUCGGUGCAGCCGGGCCCCCUGGUGGCCUCAGGAGAGAACGUGACCCUGCUGUGUCAGUCUGGGAGCAGAAAGGAAACUUUCCUUCUGUCCAAGGAGGGGGCAGCCCGGCCCCCACUGCGUCUUAGAUCAAAGUACCGAGGUGGGCAUUUCCAGGCCGAAUUCUCCAUGAGUCCCGUGACCUCAGCCCACAAUGGGACCUACAGGUGCUACAGUUCACUCAGCAGUAACCCCUACCUGCUGUCACACGCCAGUGCCCCCCUGGAGCUCGCGGUCUCAGAAUCCCUAUCCUCACACCGCCAAGACUACACAGUGGAGAACCUCAUCCGGAUGGGCAUGGCCGGCUCCGUCCUGCUGGGCCUCGGGAUUCUGCUCUUUCAGGCUCAACACGCACGGAGGAGCCCAAGAUGCAGCCAGGAGCUGAACACAAGAGGGGACCGUGCACCGUCCGAGUGGUGGAGCCCUGUCACGACCGUAUGUGCCCAGGAGGUUCUGGAAGAGAAUCUGCAGCACGUGUUGUGUGAACUGUCUGACCAGGGAGGGAGAGACAUGGUGUGGGUGCAGGAGAAGUCCCGGGAGUCCCUGUGGAGGACUGGGCCUCGGAUAACCAUGGUGCCUUCCCUCCCCACCAGUGAUGACUCUCCCUGACUGCCCCGUCCCCUCUCACCCCUGUGACGUGAGGCACAUCCCACACGGCAGGUCUGUGUCCACACCUUACACACCUUCAUGCUCUGGCCCACUUUCAUGUAAUAUAUUUGGGUUUUUUUAAUUUCCACAUUGGCUGCUGUGUGCUAUUGA